AAACUCGACUGAAAAGUAACCCGGAAGUACUGAAAAUGUCUGCAAGUAAACAGUAGUCCACGUAUGUUUGCAUUAAAAAUGAAGAUACUUGGUUUUACAAGCAUUUUGUUUGGAAUUGCUGCAGCCAUUCCUCACGAGCGUUUUACAAGGAGCAUAGAUACCACAUUCUACUACAAUUAUGAUGCUUUGACAUUGUUUUUGCGUAACAUGACUGCGACAUAUCCGCAGAUUUCAAAACUUCAUUCCAUUGGUAAAAGUGUUGAAAAAAGAGAUUUGUGGGCAAUACAAAUAGGUGACAAUAUUGAUACUGUAGAGCUAGGUGAACCUAAGUUUAAGUAUGUUGGAAACAUGCAUGGAAAUGAAGUUGUCAGUCGUCAGAUUUUGAUUUAUCUAAUACAGUAUCUAUUGGAGAAUUACCAAAAAAUUGACAGAGUUACUAAACUUGUUGAUUCAGUUGAUAUAUUUAUUAUGCCAUCAAUGAAUCCAGAUGGUUUUGAAAAAGCUAAAGAGGGAGAAUGUGAUGGUGUUCGUGGAAGAUCAAAUGCAAAUAACAAAGAUCUUAAUAGGAAUUUUCCAGAUCAGUUUGAUCGGAAUACAGGUCACAGCAGACAACCAGAAACACAAGCACUUAUCAACUGGAUCGAGGGUACAAACUUUAUACUUUCUGCCAAUUUACACGGAGGAAGUGUUGUAGCAUCAUAUCCCUGGGAUGAUUCACCAUCACACAAAGCAACAGGAGUGUAUAGUAAAUCACCAGAUGACGACAUGUUCAAGCAUUUAGCUCAGACUUACUCCAACAACCAUCUCACCAUGCAUAAGACAGGGAGGAGAUGUGGAGAUCAAUUUACAGGAGGAAUAACAAAUGGUGCUCACUGGUAUGAUGUUCCAGGCGGUAUGCAAGACUAUAAUUAUCUCCAUAGUAACUGUUUUGAGAUCACAGUAGAAUUGUCAUGUUGUAAAUACCCACCACGGUCAGAACUGACGCAGGAAUGGGAAAAUAACAGAGAAGCUUUACUGUCUUACAUUGAACAGGUUCAUAAAGGUGUUCGAGGUUUUAUCCUGGAUGAACAUACGGGAGGGCCUGUGGCAAAUGCCAGUAUAGAUGUAAAGGGAAUCAAUCAUACAAUACACUCUGCAGCAGAUGGUGACUACUGGAGAUUGUUAGCACCUGGCACUUAUCACAUACAAGCUUCUGGACCAGGGUAUGAGGCGAAGUCUGUUGUUGUACAUGUGAGUUUUGAUGCUGCAACAGAGGUCAAUUUCACUCUCACCAAAUCCCCUGUUCUCCAGUGGUCGAAAGAAUCGGACUACGGUAUAACAGACAAUGUUGCAAAGGCCUACUCCAAGAACAUUGAUAUACAAACUGAAUUGCGACAGCUUGCGGAUGUAAACUCUGAGAUAAUGGAGUACACUGUGAUUCAUAAGACAGGAGAGGGCUUGGUGGUGCCCGCAGUACAUCUCACCAAAAAUCUACACCUCCAUGAACAGGAUAAACCUCAUGCUCUUCUGAUAGGUGGUCUCCAUGGUGAUGACCCAGUUACUGUAGAAAUGUUGAUGCGCUUGAUCAGGCAUAUUUUACAAGGAUACUUACAGCAAGACAGAAAUAUUGUAUCAUUGUUGAAGAAAUGUCAUCUACAUAUCAUACCAGAGUUAGAUCCAUACGGAAUUGAACAUGCUCAGAUGGGAGACUGCUCUGGAGCACAGAAUAAUGGAACCUCAGAUUUUCAUAGUUUGUCUUUAGAGGAUGCUAAACUGGAUUACUUGAGAAGAGAGUUUGAAACACACAAGUUUAACUUGGUAGUCAGCUUAGCAGCUGGUGGACAGUAUAUUGUGAUUCCGUGGGAGAAUGAACUUGAUGGUUUAAUGCAGACGGAUGAUGAAGAUGUUUUCCAGGCUUUAGCCCGUUCCUUUGCUGAUUCCCUGUCUUCAGUGUACAAGCCAGAAACCUGUGGCAAGGAUUUACCUAAUGGUAUAAAGCAUGGUUCCCAGCUUAAAGGCGACAGUAAUGCAGUGCUAAUGGAUGAAGUGUAUAACAAAUACCAUUCUUUAAUGUUAUCUGUCCACCUGUCAUGUUGCAAGUUUCCAGAUGCAGACAAGCUUCCAGAGAUCUGGAUGGACUCUAUGCAGCCAUUAUUGAACUUGAUCACAAAAUCUCUACAGGGAACGUAUGGGAAGGUAACAGACGUUCAUCACAGUAUGAUACCUGAUACGAAGAUAAAGAUUGACCACCAUGUACAGAGUCACCCUGUGUUGGCGACGGGAGAGUUCUACUUCCUGAUGACUGAAGGCACACAUUUACUAGAAAUAUCAGCACCAGGUUACGAGACAUUGACACAGAGAGUGUUGGUGAACAGUGACAGUAUGACCAAUAUAUCAAUCCAGCUCACGUCAGAAAUCUCUCACAUAGACUAUCAUAAAUACGAAGAUCUGCAUAAAGUUGUCUCCAAUAUCACCACUGCUUGUAGUGAUAGAGCCAAGUUGGUCAGUUUUGGUAAGUCUACCUCUGGUAAAGACCUGUGGAUGAUUGACUUUGGCCCAGAGUCCAGUGAUGCACGCUAUGUCCCAGAGAUGUUGGUGGUCGGCAGUCUCCAUGGUGACGAGCGGGUGGGGUAUGAGAUGGCGCUGCAAUUGUCCGAACAUCUGUGUACAAAUUACAAGAAAGAUUUUAUCAUCACCAGUAUACUUGAUGAUACAAGGAUACAUAUAGUUCCAACGUUAAAUCCGGAUGGUCUGAUGAAGUCCGAGGAGGGGAAGUGUGAGGGAGGAAAAGGACAUACUAACAACAAUAACAAGGAUCUUGAUGAAACUUUCGUUUUACCAGAUUCCAACAUGACUAUGAAACCAGAGUGGGAAACCAAAUCUAUGUUAGACUGGUUAAAGGAGGCAUUUAGUCCAUCUGUAACAUUGGUUCUUCGAGGAGGUGACUUAAUGGUUCUCUACCCACAUCAUACAAAAACUGUACCUCUUGGGGAGGUUGACAGACAGAAUCUUGUUUCCCUGGGGCUUGUUUAUGCAGACAGACAUCCAGCAAUGAAUUUGAAGAAGUUCAGAUGUGGUUCUGGCAAAGGUGAGCAGACGUCAGAGCUUGGUAUAAUGGAAGCGUCAGAUUAUAACGUACAUACUGGAAGCUUUAUGGACUAUAUGUAUGAUACAUUACACAGUGCAGCUAUCUCUGUGUACAUGAGCUGCUGUAAGUAUCCGAAGCAGAGUGAACUACUGGAUCUCUGGUUGGUGAAUAGAGGAUCUCUCGUGGCAACACUUCAGCAGGCAAGAAGAGGCAUCAAGGGUGUGGUUCUAAAUACAGGCAGAGAAUUUUUGAAAAAUGCCACUGUUUCUAUAGAAGGUUCAACUCAUCUGUAUCCAGUAGAUAAUGGUGGUAGAUUUUGGAUAUACCUGGCUCCUGGCUCAUACAAAGUCACAGUGGCGAGCCAUGGUUAUGUCACACAACACAAGACUGUAACGGUGGAAGAGGAUCUAGAGAGUACGGAGGUUAUUGUUGCAUUAGAGAAGGAGCAGCGUAUACUGGGCUAUACCAACACACUGCUUGUGCUUGGAAUAGGUAUAAUAAUACUGGUACUGGUGUUUGUGAUAACUGCCAUACUGUGCCUUAGAAACAGGAAAGCGUUACCCUACUCCAAAGUUGGCUUCCGACGACUCAACGUUGAUGAAACCGAUUCCGAAGACGAAAUAUUUGGGGAUAUCAGAAAAUCACAACAGCUGUCAAAUGGUACACAGGAAUAUCAUGAUGAGACCGAUUCAGAAGAUGACAACGAGGAACAUAAACUGUUUGACACAAGAUCAGCAAAGUCAUAGUCAAGUUUUAAGAUAAUAAAACAUGUCGCUUCUAACAUUCCAGCAACAUAUCAAAGUUCAACAAAAGUAUUACACGUAAUAAUAUUAUAGGAGAUAGAAUAAUGUUUAUAAUAAAAUUUAGUGUGAAAAAUUGUUUCUAAGAUCUGUUCAUACCAAUGAGGUAUAGGAAUUAAAAACUUCAAAAUUUGUUUAUUUAUUUUUGAAUCUUAUGGCACAAGGUUAAAUGAAACCUUUAAAACUGUUGUAUUCUUAUGUGUUAAACUGUAAAUUUAUUCUGUGCAUAAGGAUAAAGAAAUUUUUUUAAUUUGCCAAAUUUCUUUGAGUUUAUGCAAUUCGUGACAUUUUUUUUUUUCCAUUUGCAUUUACCAGCUGUCCUCGGCAUUCAUUAUUUGUUAAGGGAAUGGCUAGUCUGCCAUACAUAGUUCUUUUCACUCGUUCUUUCAUGUCUACAAUAAGUUUUGAAUCAAAAUUUCUUUUUUUCUUUCCUUUUAAAGUUUUUCAGCAAAGAACAUCUUUUGUAUAUGCUUUCCAAGAUAAUCCUGUAUUAGUAAGAUAGAUAAUAAAUGAGCUGCACCAUGAGGAAACCAACAUAGUGCAUUUGCGACCAGCAUGGAUCCAGACCAGCCUGCGCAUCCGCUCGCUUUCAAAGCCAAUUGCAAUUGGAGAAACUGUUAGUGAACAGCAUGGAUCCUGACCAGACUGCACGGAUGAGCUUGCUGGUCUGGAUCCAUGCUGGUCGCAAAUGCACUAUGUUGGUUUUCUCAUGGCGCGGCUCAAAUAGGAGAUAGAGCUUGACUUAUAUUCAUGUUAUUGUAUGGUUUGGUUUCUCCUGUAUUCAGAUAUAGAUCUUGUAGUGAUCUCAUUACUGUUAAAGCAGUACCUGUAGCCUGUAGUGCCUUUUACAUUUGUAUUUUUACUAUGUCAUCUUUUACAGGGUAACAGUUGAAUAAUUAUAACAGCUGUUUUCUGUGGUUAACUUGAAAUAGCAUGCUUCCCUAGCAGAAAUUAUUUAAAACAUUACCAAAAUUUAGUUUAAUCUGCAUAUGUUUUUAGCUCAACUAUUCAAAGAAUAGGGGAGCUAUCCUACUUGCCCCAGCGUCGGCGUGAGCGUCACACAAAUGUUCAAGUUUGCGUACCACCCCAAAUAUUUUCAAAGUCCAUUGAGAUAUUGCUUUCAUAUUUUGCAUACUUGUUUACCAUCAUGACUCCAGUCUGUAAAAAGGAGGAGGCAACUCUAUCAAGCAUUUUGACUGAAUUAUGGCCCUUUUUUGGACUUAGAAUAUGCUUAUUGUAAUGUUUAAGUUUUACUCAUUGCUUAUAUUAUACUAUCAAGCACUGAGAAUAGUCGAGCGCGCUGUCCAUUGACAACUCUUGUUUAACUGUUCUCUUUAAUUUAGUGUAUUAAAAAUGUAAAUAAUGUUCACAAGAAAAUAUAUCUCAGAUAGUUUGAUACAUUAGGAAAUCAUCCUGUGAUUUUGCAUGUUUUUAUUGUCAUGGUAAUUUAAACCAUUUGUAGCACUUAAAACUGGACUAAUUUACAAUUUGAUGAUUUACGGAAUCUCUGACUCUUUAUUAGUUUAGUGAUAUAUUAUUUUUUCCAAAUUUUCAGUUCACUGCAUUAUUGCCGUUCCCGGCAAAUUAUUUUUCUUGGUUUCUUUUUAAACUAGUAUACAUAUACUGAGUUGUUAUUAACAGUAAGUAACUGUCUUUGUUUAUGUUUAAUUGACCAGGUAUAUGUACAGUUGGGUAUUCUUAUUGCACCUGUAUACUGUAGAACAUUUUGCAGUAGCAUUAUGUAAUUUUUAGUGAUAUUUUACAGCUGAUUAAAACUAAAUUUGUAGACCAGUCCCAGAAUGAGACCUUGCCAUUGGUCAGUUUUAAACUUGUUCUUGGAAACAACCAAUCAGAUGCUGGUGUUUUGAGACUGGUCUCCAAUUUUAGUUUUAUAACAUCGGACCAUGACACAGUUAUUGGAAUUAUUGAGUCUCUGCGUUUCUUGCUACAACUUUGACUAUUAUGAAAUGGGUUGACAUUAUAAGAAAGGUUCACAUUAUGAAAUAAGAUAGUUUAUUACAAGUUUUUCAAAAAUAUUAGAGUGAAAUAUAUCUGGUAUUUUCACAGUGAAAGAAACUGUAAAAUGGGUAAAAUUUAGUCAAAACAUGAAAUAAAAAGAAAAUUUAUUUGUUUUACAUGUAAGAUCAAAAUGUCUUUCACUCAUGAACACCAUAUCUUACAUUUUCACAAGUGGCAAAUAUUCUAUCUGGUGUUCACUCCAGAAAGAUAUUUCAAUCUUACGCUGAAACAAACAAACUGAUUAAUCAUAUUGCCCUUUACUUGGGAAAAGCUAUGAAAAAAAUGUAGUGGUAAUGUUCUGCAGUAUAGAUACUUGAUAAAAAAUAUGACAUUCAGAUAUAUUAUAACAGAUAAGCUAGAAUCUUGAAAUACUGUGGUAAUUGUCCUUGUUUAUUUCUGUGUUGUAUUGAAGACAGAGGUAGUUGAACUUCAAAGAAGAAAACCUGUAUAUAGUAUAAUGUACAUAGACUUGUUGUUAUAAGAAAUUCUGUGUGUUUUUACAUGACUCAUUGAUGUUGAGAAUUAAAACUAUGUCAGAUUUUAAGUGAAAUCAAAGAAAUGACAAUGUAGACGUGUCGAAAAAAGGGGUUUUCCGGAAAAAAAAAUGUUAUGUCUUAAGUGUUAUAAAAAAUGAAAAUGUAGACAUGUUGAAAAAAAGGGGUAUUCUGGAAAAAAGUGUUAUGUCUUAAGUGUUAUAAAAAAUGACAAUGUAUUAUAUCUAAACUGGGGUAUUUUGGGGGGAAAAUCAGAAGAAAAUGUUCUAAUAAUUAUUUUUUUCACCAUAUUUCAGUAGACUUGUGGCAACACAAAACAGACAAUGCUUUGAUAUUCUUGCUGUGCUAGUUUAGAACAGUUUCAUGAGAAAGCCGCUAGUUUUGCCAAUAUUUCUCUUCUGCAAUAAUUGUGAUUUCUUACAAACAUUAAUAUUAAAUAUGUGUUACUUUUUGGUUUCAGUAAAAAAUAUAAUAAUAGUAAUAACAAUUUAAACAUAAAUAAAACAUAAAUAAAAUUUAUCAUUUUAAGGUCAAAGAAAUCCAUGUUUAUUCAUUAUUUCACAGCAAAGAAAGAUUACAACUAAAAUGUGCUAAGAUGUCUAAAAAUUGUUUGCUUUUACAGGUCAUUAUUCUGAGUAAAGAUACAGCUAUUUGCAAUAUACCGUGUGAAUAUAUUUUUUUUCAGAGACAUAGAUCUUGUAGUGAUCGAUCAGAGUGGUUGGCGUAUGCUACUUAUUUCUUUUUAAGUCUUUAUAAAUAAAGAACAUUGAAUAACUUGUUUUUGAAAUUUUGAUGUUCCAACUCCACAUGUUACACUGACUACAUGUAUUGCCUUUGGACCUAUAUGAAAUAAUGCAGUCAGUCUUUGAGAAUUUGAUCUUGUGUUAUGUAGUAAAUCCAUCGGCACUACUUUGCUUUAAAACGAUUGAUUAAUGCACUUCUAUAUUGAUGAUCAAAAUUUUAUUAAGAUUGUCAGAACAAGAUCAAAAUGGUCUUCCUGUAAUAUUUUGAUUACAUAAGAAGGCAGAGAGAAAUCUGGGAGACUAUAUUUCAAGAUAAAAUACAUGUGACUAGGUAGUUGUAGUACUUAUCAGUAAUGCCAUACCAUAUUUGCUGCUGUCUCAGUAUUAAGUCUUCCAUAUUGAAUUGCUGUGAAAUCAAGAAGUGUGAUAAUUUCUAUAUCAUGGCAUGAAUGAAAAUUGUGAUUGUGGUAAUGACAUAAAGUGAUAAUGACAAAGAGUGAUAAUGUGGAAAUAAUAUAAAGUCAUAUACUUUCAGAUUUAUGUCAGCUGCCAGCAUCAUUUUUUAGAUGUUAAUACAUGGUAAAGCCAUUUAUUGGAAUAAUUUUCAGCAAUAAUUUUUCAUAGUGUAAAAGUUGUAAAUUCAGGGUGGCGAAUCACGUGAUCAUUGUACGUCAUAUCGCUAUUCCUGAAAAAAAAUGACUUGGUGGAUUAGCGUAAAAUUGUUUUCUUUGUGGAUUAGCAUAUUCACAAAAUACACGUUUUCCCUUUCACUGAUACCCUGAAUGUAUUAAAUAUGUUUCAUUCGAGUAAACAGAAAACUUUGGAAGUUUACUUUGCUAAUACCUGACCACUGGAACAGGAUUUGUAUAAAAUAUAUGUCAAAAAUAACAUUUUCUUGGUGGAUAAGCCAAUGCGAUCGGGCCGAGUAGAAAAGGUUUUCCAGGGUGUUUGUAUAUUUAGCGACGAUUUUGCAUGAAACCAUUAACAUGGGAGAUAGAAUACUGUUUUCUCCUUCGCAUGCAAUAUAUUUCAUAGAAAUUGGUUGAGAAAUUAAAAACUUACAUUGAUUUGAACUGACGACUUUUGUUGAUAAUUUCUUCUUUGCGGAAUAGCGAUAUGAUGUACACGAUCACGUGAUUCGCCAUCCUGUAAAUUAUGUUUUAAAAAAAAGGAAAAAAAUAUAGAUAUCAGGUGUACUUUGCUUUUUACAGCAAGACUAUGAACUAGAUCCCUUUUAAUCAUUCCUCCAAUGUCAUCCUCUUUUUUUUUUAAAUCAUGGUAUUCUGAUGUUAAUCUCUGUAAUGAUACCCAUGAUUUGGAAGUAAAAACCUUUAAGUUGAGAAGUUGGAAACAAUCUGGACCUGUUUAAUUGGGUUAAAUUAGAAAUAUUACGACGGUGCCUUGCUAAUUUGUAUUAUGUGAGUGAGCUACUUGGCAAGGAAUUAUCGUAAAGUAAAUGCACUUGCUUAUUGAAAACAUGUAUGAGGUCUUAAGUUUCUCAUGUAUAUAUUAAGAAUCAGGGUACUUUUUUUUUUAAAGAAGAAAAGAUUAUUUUUCUAUAUGCUUUUAUUGCCUAUUAUCAAGCUAUAAGAUGAUUGAAUUUGGAUCUGAAUCUAUGUAAUACAUGUUGAAUAUUUUCAUAGCUUAACACUUUGCUUUAUAAGAAAAGUCUACAUAUAAUUUCAGUAUAAAUUAUACUGGAUAGAUAUGUUUUGAAUUCUAAGUGGGACAGUAUAUCUGCAAGUAGCUUAGCUUUUCCGUAGUUAAAUAUCUAGAAAUUGUGAAGAAGCUGAAUUGUUUUCAUAGUUUGCAAUACUCGAUAUCAACACAAUUUUUAUUUUGCCAUAGUGUUGGAAACAUAUUCACUGCACUGCUGUUUUUUUUCUUGUUUUCUGUAUCAGAUGUUUACCCAGUGUGUACUUUAAAGCUGUAUUGCUUUUUUUGCACUUUUAUAAUCGUUAGAACACCAAAUAUUGACCUAUGUAUUGUUUAUGCAUAAUUAGAAGUAGAAUUAGGUUGUUUUGUUGGUGUAGGUACUAUGUCAUUCAUUCAUUAUAUAUUCACCUUCAAGUGCCAAUUUAUGUUUCCAUGUACAUCACUGGUUCAGGAUCAUGUUUCCUCUAUAUGAAGUUUCUGUUUUGAUGUUUGAGAGUUUCUUUAUAUAUAGAUAUAGUUUAUUGUUUAAGAUUUUGUUCUAUUGUAGGAAAUAGGAAUAAUAUAUAAAAUAUGAUCCUUUAACAUUUUUUUUCAAAAAUAACAAGCAAGGUAGACACUAAUUUGUUAGUUUUAGUUUAUACUAAUUUGUUUAAGCUCUAUUGCGAUGAAAACUUAAAGCUUUUUUGAACCACUCUUAGGUCCACUUCCUGGAAAUACCAGUACUGACCCCAGUGGGGCUCGAACCUAUUCAACCGUGUUGAAUGGCAGAGAGCUUAUCCACUAGACUAUCGCUCCCCUAAAUUUGUUGUCAAAUAACAUUUGAAAGGGACCAAAUUUUCCCUGUGAUUAUGACUAAAAAUGUAAAUUCUAUUUUCUACUAAAAUACUGUGGCAAAGUUUAAUGUAUAUCAGCAUAUAAGUAAGUUUGAAUUGACAAUAAGUUUGAAACUUCCUCUCCAUAUUUCAUGUCUCUGUUAUUUGCACAAUAUACGAACAUGUUUCAGUAUUGUCAGCCUAUGCAAUUAUAUGUAAAUUUAAUUGUAGAUAUAUAUUGUUGAUUGUUAUUUUGGCAAAAUUCUGUUGCUUCUUUUGUCACAUUUAUAGGAAAAUUUACUUUUGAGAAUCAGGGACCCACAUUCAUUGAUAAUCUAACAAGCUAGAUGUCUAUGCUUACUAAAGUAUCGUAGACACAUCUGGUUACAACAUUACACAAUGAUCAUUACUAAUUUGCAUUAGAAUUAGACACGUUGUCGGGAAAUUGCAGCUUCAGGUCCUAAUAAUGCUUCUGGUAGAGAAUAUUGAUGAAUUUAGGCCCUGAUUUUUCAUUUCACCUGUUGUAAUAUUGACUUAUUACAGUAUAAAUGUGUUGUUACUGAAAUAAAUGAUUUGCUCAUUCCA